CUGGAAAGAGAAAGGCACAUUUGAAAUAAACAGCGAAUCAACAUUUCUUCUGCAGUUUACGCGUAUAUUAAGUAACACGGCAUACAACUGGAAAUCUUGUGUUUAAGUGGAUGAGCUUCCCGAUGAGAGAUCCAGUUAUUCCAGGAACAAGUAUGGCAUAUCAUCCAUUUUUACCUCACCGCGCUCCGGACUUUGCAAUGAGCGCAAUGCUGGGCCACCAGCCUCCCUUCUUCCCGACUCUUGCACUGCCUCCCAACGGCUCGCUUUCUCUCCCGGGUGCUCUCGGGAAGCCCAUCAUGGAUCAGCUGGUAGGCGCCACGGAAACCAGCCUUCAUUUUUCUUCGCUAGGGCACCAGGCUGCUGCCGCAGCUGCUCACCUAAGGCCUCUGAAAACAUUGGAACCAGAAGAAGAAGUGGAAGAUGACCCUAAAGUUCACCUGGAAGCGAAGGACCUUUGGGAACAGUUCCACAAACGGGGCACUGAAAUGGUUAUCACAAAAUCAGGAAGGCGAAUGUUUCCACCAUUUAAAGUGAGAUGUACUGGCUUGGACAAGAAAGCCAAGUACAUUUUGUUGAUGGAUAUUGUAGCAGCCGACGACUGCAGAUAUAAAUUCCAUAACUCGCGCUGGAUGGUGGCAGGGAAGGCCGACCCCGAAAUGCCAAAGCGGAUGUACAUUCACCCGGACAGCCCGGCCACUGGCGAACAGUGGAUGUCCAAAGUCGUCAAUUUUCACAAACUGAAACUGACAAACAACAUCUCCGACAAGCAUGGAUUUGUAAGUAUAAUAGUGACGAUUCUGAACUCGAUGCACAAAUAUCAGCCUCGAUUUCACAUCGUGCGAGCCAACGACAUCCUUAAACUUCCAUAUAGCACGUUCAGGACCUACGUUUUUCCUGAAACUGAAUUCAUUGCAGUAACUGCUUACCAAAAUGAUAAGAUUACACAAUUAAAAAUCGACAAUAAUCCAUUCGCGAAAGGUUUCCGUGACACCGGCAAUGGGAGAAGAGAAAAAAGGAAGCAAUUGGCUCUGCAAUCUAUGAGGUCCUAUGAGGAGCAACAGAAAAAAGGAACGGCAGACGAAUCUUUGGGCGAGCACGGUUCCUUCAAGUGUUUUGAUCAAGUAUCAGCAGUGGGAGCCCCGGCAUUAAAAGACGUCUGUGAAAGCGAUGAAGAUAGCGAUGAAGAAAGUAAAGAUGGGAACCCACAGGACGGACAAGAGUCCAGCAAAAUUUCUACCACCACUGAAGACACUAAGGAUGAAGAGGCUCAGACAGCCAAAGCGCACCUGUUUGGCAAUAGCCGUACCACACCCCGACCGGAAAGAGAGAACGCAACGAGCACUGAGAUUCGAUCAUUUGAUUCAAGGCAGAGUCCUAUUACUAUAAUUUCCAGCACAACGUGCUCUUUAGGUGGGGAAGAACUCAAGAGUCCUGCGCAAGACAUAUCUAAACCAGAAGAAUGCAAGUCUACAAGUAAGGAGAAUUACGCGCCCUUGACUGUUCAAACAGAGAGCAGCGCUCACGUAAGCCAGGGGCAUUUGCAUAAUUUCGGAUUUCCACCCGGUUUGGCAGGACAGCAGUUUUUCAACCCUUUGAGUGGCGCUCACCCCUUUCUCCUGCACCCAAGUCAGUUUAACAUGGGAGGUGCUUUCUCCAACAUGGCGGCUGCAGGCAUGGCCCCUUUAUUGGCAGCAGUUUCAUCUGGUGGGGUCAGUACCAUGGACACAGCCAGCAUUGCGUCCUCAACUCAAGGCCUCACGGGGACACCUGGGCUGCCUUUUCAUCUCCAGCAACAUGUUCUCGCGUCACAGGGCCUCGCAAUGUCUCCAUUUGGAAGUCUUUUCCCUUAUCCUUACACCUAUAUGGCAGCAGCCGCAGCCGCUUCCACAGCGGCCUCUUCGUCGAUCCACCGUCAUCCUUUUCUGAGCGCAGUGCGCCCUCGACUUCGAUACAACCCAUACUCUAUUCCGUUGAGUGUGCCGGACAGUAGUACAUUGCUCACUACAGGUCUACCCUCAAUGACAGGCAGUACCAUCGAAAAAAACAACAUGACAACAAGUCCCGUGUCGGCAACCCUGGACUCCACUUCUGAAGUCAACAGCAGGUCUUCGACCUUAUCAUCAGGCUCGGUCUCCCAUUCACCGAAAACAUGUUCUCAAAAGGACUCCACCAACGAACUGCAAAGCAUUCAACGCCUGGUCAGUGGGCUAGACUCGAAACAAGACAGGCCACGAAGCCUGUCACCAUAGAAGGUGAUACAUUAAAUAAUAACAUAUCAAAUUAGCAUUAAUGCCAUUUAUAAUGGGCGUAAUUGUAAUAUCGAUAAGGAUACAUUUCUAGCUAAUGCAAGUUUGGUUUACAGAGCUAACAAACCUAUUCGUUUUUUAAUGCACUUUGUUGAAAGAAAGAUCUGAGGUGUAUAGUUCUCUUCUGUUACACGAGACAAGAACUUUGAAUUGCCCCGUUCUUUGAACCCCACAAGUAUUGAAACUGAAAGGAAGAAGAAUUAGAGUCUUGAACUUGUUAAAUUGCUGCUACGUCCAAUCUAUAUUUUAUAUUUAGAGGUGCUGGGAAAACGAAAAUUAAGUAAUUAAAUAUGUAGGCUGAAUUGGUUAUUGUCGUUUUUAUCCCUUUUAUCAAGUCUGUAAUGUUUGAGAUUAAAGCCAGGGAGUUACAGAAGUUACAGUGUUUGCAUAGAUAUGGCAUCAUCACUGAAAAUAAAACUAUUUCCUUAUCCUACUGCAUUCCCAUGUACCCUUGACUCAAAACAACCUAUCUUUAUUCAAUUGGAAGCAGAAUCAUGUUAACGUGAAGUAUAAAUAUAAAUAUAUAUUAUGAAAAGUAUUUAUGUAAUUAUUUGAUAUUGCGUGUAAAUAUAUCGAUUAGAAGUUUCGAGGUUCUGUCCUUAAUUUAUUGUUGAUGUACAUAACUGUAAAGAUUGUCAACUGUUUUGUUUUAGUCAUCCAAAUUUCAUGUCUCGUUUACCUGUGUCCCGACGCCCCUCUUACAGCCUGUAGUUCUUAUUGCAGACAGCAUCAUGUGCCAUCGUCGGUUUUUGUCUUGGUGUCUCAAGUGCUGCUUUUGAAAUUAAGUGACAGUUCAGCGCACCAGUGGCUUGGAAAAGUGAUGAAGAUCUAUUUCUUUGAACAUUUUCUUUAAUUGUAUGUUAAAAAGAAUGGAUUUAUUAAAUACCGUAAUGCAGCUUGGAAGUAAAAGUGCCGAAACCAAUUCAAAAUGAAGGUUUGAUUAGUGUUUCUACAGUUUCAUUUGUGUUCUGAAG